AUGGCUCUUACGAGACAGCAAUUGGCCCACGGAUGGACCUUUCAACAGCAGGGUUGGGCCAGUGAUGAGUGGCUCCCCGUAGCCCAGGUUCCGACCCAGGUUCAUGUCGACUUGCUGGCAAACAAAAAAAUCCCUGACCCCUUUGUAGACCUCAACGAGAGAUCUGUGCAAUGGAUUGGUGAAAAGAAUUGGGUGUAUCGCCUCGAGUUUGUCGUUCCUGCCAUAUCUGAUGGCGCGAUCAUGUCCGAGCUUGUAUUUGAGGGUCUGGAUACGUUUGCCACGGUUGUUUUCAACGGUCACCAGAUCAUCAAAGCCGAAAACAUGUUCGUCACAUACAGAGCCAACGUCUCCCAAUACGUCAGACCUGGAGAGAACAACCGCCUCGAAAUUCUCUUUGACUCGGCCUUGAUCCGUGGUCGUGACCUCGUCAAAGAGCAUAGUCAUGAACAUGACUUUCUUGUUCGACAGACCGAGGCAGGCCGGGUCCCCGUUCGCAAAGCGCAGUACAACUGGGGCUGGGACUGGGGUCCGAUUCUUAUGACGGCCGGCCCAUGGAAGCCUGUGUUCUUCGAACAGUAUACCACCAGAUUGUCCGAUGUCUGGGCUCAAAAUACUGUCAGCGAAGACCUCAAGACCUGCAACGGAAUAGUUUUUGCCAAAAUAACUGGCAAUAUCUCUCCCGACGACAAAGUCGAAGUGUCCCUGGAACUCGACGACACGGUCGUCUUGCAAGGUGAUGCGCAAGUUGAGGAUGGCACCGCAAACCUGCCUUUCACGCUAGAAAACCCGCAACUCUGGUACCCCCUUCACUAUGGACUUCAAACUAGGUACAAGCUCACGGCUCGCGUCAUUAGCUCGGGUGGCGAGGAGUUGGACACGCUCUCACGACUUACUGGGUUCCGGAGAACGGCCCUUAUUCAAGAGCCUGAUGCAUAUGGAAAGUCCUUCUACUUCCGCGUAAACAAUGUCGAUGUCUUUGGUGGAGGCUCUUGCUGGAUCCCCGCUGAUAGCUACCUCGCUCAGAUCCCAUCCCAGCGCUACCACGACUGGAUCAAGCUCAUGGCGGACGGCAAUCAAGUCAUGAUCCGCAUAUGGGGCGGCGGUGUCUACGAAGACGAUGCUCUCUUGGAUGCCUGUGAUGAGCUCGGUGUGCUCGUGUGGCACGAUUUCCAGUUUGCAUGCGCAAGCUACCCGGCCUAUGAUUCAUAUCUGACAAAUUUUGAGCUCGAGGCCAGGCAGCAGGUGCAAAGAAUGCGAUGGAGGCCGGCAGUCAUCGCCUGGGCUGGCAACAACGAAGAUUAUCAGGUCCAAGAGCGUUAUAAGCUUGACUAUGAUUUUGAGAACAAAGACCCCGAGGCUUGGCGCAAGUCGACGUUCCCCGCAAGAUACAUUUAUGAGCAUCUGCUGCCCAGGGUAAUAAAUGAGGAAGAUCCCCACAACAUCUACCACCCCAGCAGCCCCUGGGGAGACGGAAAGCCAACUGCCGACCCUACCGUUGGCGACAUCCAUCAGUGGAACUUAUGGCAUGGCGCCUUGAACAAAUACCAAGAAGUCGAGCAGCUGGGCGGUCGCUUCGUCAGCGAAUUCGGCAUGGAAGCGUAUCCUCACCUCGCCACCACCCAGCGCAUGACUACCAAGCCCUCGCAGCUGUACCCGGGCUCCAUGGUGCUUGAUUUCCACAACAAGGGCAUCGGACACGAGCGCCGCAUGAUGACAUACGUUGCCGAAAACUUCCGCGUUCGCAGCGAUCUUGCCUCGUACACGCAUCUCACGCAGGUCGUCCAGGCGGAGGCGAUGCGAUUCUCGUACAAGACGUGGCGGCGUGAAUGGGGUACACCUGGUGCCCGGAAGUGCGGCGGCGUGCUGGUGUGGCAGCUGAACGACUGCUGGCCGACCAUGUCGUGGGCCGUUGUUGACUACUACCUGGUCAAGAAGCCCGCGUACUACGCCAUAAAGCGGGCGCUGCAGCCCAUUGACGUCGGCGUCGCGCGAACGUACCACGACUGGACGCAGACGGGGUACUACAUCGACGAGAACUCGAAAUUGUGCACCGGCCAGGUCGACCAGACCCUGCCGGCACGCAGCGGUCGCAGCACGUUUAGCGUCUGGGCUGUCAGCAGCAGUGUGAAGGAGGUGGGUGCCAUCGUGACGAUUCGUUUCAUCUCGGUACGGACAGGCCAGGAUGUGCAGCCUGCGAUCCAACGACGCAUCAAGGUCGGUGCCAACUGUACGACGGACAUUGUCAAGGACGAGGCGCUCGCUGCGUCCAUUCCGAGCUCAAAAGACGAGACUCGCGCGUUUGACACGGACGAAUACGACCCGUAUGUGGUACAUGCCCAACUUACUUUGGAUGGAGGCAGCACUGUUGUCACGGACACAGCAUGGCCGGACCCUGUCAAGUUCCUGGACAUGGCGGGUCGCGGCGUCUCGUUUGAGGUGUCUGACGCAGAUGGUCAAGUGACUGUGUCUGCUCAGCGACCUGUAAAAGCAUUCGUGUUUGAGGAAGUUGAGGGGCUGAAGCUGAGUGACAAUGGGUUCGAUGUGCUGCCAGGUGAGAACCAAGUGGUCAAGGUAGCUGGGCCUUUGAAGCCCAGCCAGCUUCGUUGGACACAUAUUGAAGCCAGUGGACCGUCGCUGAAAGUUGAGUAA